AUUGAUCAAGUAUUUUUUUUUGAACAAAUUAUUUUUGAAACACUAUUAUAAUCUAUUAAAUUUGAAAAUGUGCGUUCCUUUUCAAAAAACCGUGCGCUAUCACUUUGUAACACUUUUAUAGUAUCAAUCAACUUUAAAGUAACCAUACACGUUUCACAUAAAUUUUAGCUCGCUCUUCGUUGUCAUAAGAAUACUUAAAAAGGUUUCGACUAUUGCCUUGAAACAACACAUGCAUUCUACAAGGCCAAUUAAUUGUGGUGCAGUUGAUCAAUGGGAAAUUGUUUUUCAUGUUUGCGCUCUAAGAGUAACACUAGACCGGUGGCACAUUCCAGUGACAACGAAAAUUUAGACAAUGUACCAGACAAACGAGUUGAUGGUCUGGAUUUAAAUGAAUUAAAUCCCCCAGUGAUGGCCAUGAGUAAUGGAGCUCAUAAUACUCCUGUUAUAGGAUCAGUAGGUAGUGAUAAUUGUGGUAGCUUACGUUCCUCAUUUACCUGUACUCGUUUGACGUCUACAUUAAACAAGACCAAUAUAAAGUUGAAUAACUUUGCCACAAAAAGUUUCCAAACCAGAGUUCAAAAAUUAUUUGACGUAUACAAAGAUUCUGUCGAAGAUUUGAUAUUAAUUGAUGGAAUUGAAAGACUGUGUAGUGAUUUACAAAUGUCACCUGAAGAAUUCCGCAUCCUUAUAUUAGCAUGGAAAUGUGAUGCUCAUCAGAUGUGUCGAUUUACGCGUGCAGAAUUUUUUAAUGGUUGUCAUGCACUUCAAGUAGAUUCUGUGUCAUUGAUGAAAAACAAAUUAUCAGAUGUAGCAAAUGAUCUCAAUUAUAAUACUGAGGAAUUUAAAAGCUUAUACAGGUUUACAUUUAAAUUUGGAUUGGAUAAUGCUGUAGGACAGCGUAUUCUUCCUGUAGACACAGCCAUUGUAUUAUGGAAAUUGAUUUUUAAUAUCCGUGAACCAGAAAUAUUACAACGUUGGUUGAACUUUUUAGAAAGUCAAGAUAAUAUAAGAGGUAUUCCUAAAGAUACAUGGAACAUGUUUUUAAAUUUUGCUGAAUCCGUAUCAAAUGGGGAUCUUUCUAAUUACGAUGACACAGAGGCUUGGCCAAGCGUUUUUGAUGAUUUUGUAGAAUAUGAAAAUGAUCAAGCCAAUCAGAACAUCAGUGAAAAAGGAAUUGGAAAAAAACAUGGCAAUGUACUUUAAAGUAACAUGAAAGACUAUCACACUUUUUUUUUUUUGAGUUUUUGACUUGAAUAUAAUGUUUGAAAAAUACAUUAUUUUAUAAUAAUAACUUAAAAAUCAUCAGUACAUUACAAGCCCGUCCAAUAUUAAUAUAAACCUUUGUGGUCUUAAAAUGGCAAUAUUACUUUAUAAAAAAAAUCUGAACUUUAUAUAUUAUAUUAAGUUGGA